UCCCGUGUUUCUCCGCUUUGCUGUGACUCCGGAUAUGAAGCCGUGCGACAGCUCUGUGUGUGUGUGUGUGUGUGUUCCAAUCCGGCAGGAGGAGUGAAGCAGGACUGAGAGACUGAAGCUCUGCGUUACGGGACUGACUUUAUUAUCAACACACACACACACACACCGAAGAACCCAGAGUGCGCGCGCGCCAUCCAACAUGCAGAAAUGGCUGCUCGUGAAGUGCUACCUGUCCAGUCUCGUGCCGAGACGGAGCCGGAUGUGAGAGACGAGCCGGAGCUGAAGGAGCCGGAGCAGCCGAGGGAGCGAGAGCACGGAGCGAGGGAAGGGAGCGAGCGCGCGGACGGAGGGAGUGAGGGAGGAAGGAGAGAGGGAGGAGGAGGAGGAGCGCGCAGCUCCAUGCAGUUCAGCAGCAGACCGGCGAGCGCCGAGCCGUGCUACAUGGGGACAUGGCAGCAGCAGAACACUGACACACACCUCCUGUUCAGGAUGUCCCAGCAGGCGAUUCGCUGCACUCUGGUCAACUGCACCUGUGAGUGUUUCCAGCCGGGGAAGAUUCACCUGCGCACCUGUGACCAGUGCAAACACGGAUGGGUUGCUCACGCUCUGGAUAAGCUGAGCACGCAGCACCUGUACCACCCGUCACAGGUGGAAAUCGUUCAGUCCAACGUUGUGUUCGACAUCAGCAGCCUGAUGCUGUACGGAACACAUGCGCUUCCUGUCCGCCUGAAGAUCCUGCUGGACCGCCUGUUCAGCGUCCUCAAGCAGGACGAGGUGCUGCACAUCCUGCACGGCCUUGGCUGGACUCUCAGAGACUACGUUCGGGGGUACAUACUGCAGGAUGCUGCAGGCAAGGUGCUGGACCGCUGGACCAUCAUGUCCCGUGAAGAGGAGAUCAUUACCCUGCAGCAGUUUCUACGCUUCGGAGAGACCAAGUCCAUCGUGGAGCUCAUGGCAAUCCAGGAGAAGGAAGGCCAAGCGAUCACGGUGCCCUCAUCAAAGGCCGACUCCGGCAUCCGGACUUUUAUCGAAAGCAACAACCGCACUCGCAGCCCUGGCCUUCUUACACACUUGGAAAAUAGCAGCCCAUCCAGUAUCCAUCAUUUUGAAAACAUCCCAAACAGCCUGGCUUUUCUGCUGCCCUUCCAGUACAUCAAUCCAGUCUCUGCGCCCAUGUUGGGGCUGCCCCCAAAUGGGCUGAACUUGGACCAAACAGCUCUGAGGCUCCGAGAGCCAAAUCUGUCCAAUCAGAGUGAACCAGUAGAGAGCAGCGAAUCUGAAGUGUCCCUAUCUCCUUUCCGAAACAGCCAGAGUCCAAACCGAGGCACCAUAGGGGCCAUUUCAAAUUCCAUUGAGCCCAAGACAGAACCUAAUGGAUCAUCACCCAUCACAACAACCCCAUCCACACAGCAAGUACAACAACAGCAAACACAGCAGCAGCAACAGCAGCAAAUACAACAACAGCAGCAGUCCAAUGCCAUAAAUGACCACCACUUUGUGAAAAAUGAGCAAUCAAAGAACCUUCACUCUUCGUUCUCUUCCAAGAUGCACCGCAUGCGUCGCAUGGGUACUCCGUCGCGCAAAGGUCGGGUCUGCUGCAAUGCCUGUGGCAAGACCUUUUAUGACAAGGGCACUCUCAAGAUCCACUAUAAUGCUGUACAUCUGAAGAUCAAGCAUCGUUGCACAAUUGAGGGAUGCAACAUGGUCUUCAGCUCACUGCGUAGCCGAAAUCGCCACAGCGCCAAUCCCAACCCUCGCCUCCACAUGCCCAUGCUGAGAAACAACCGAGAUAAAGACCUCAUUCGCUCCACUUCCGGAUCGGGCACCCCGGUCAUUUCUAGCACUAAGAGUGGAUUCACUCUUACAAGUCCUGGACGGCCACCGCUAGGCUUUGCAACUCCUCCUCUUGAUCCAAUGAUGCAGUCCCCUCUGCAAAGUCCUCUGGUCUUCCCAUCCCUAAAGUCAGUCCAACCGGUACAGCCAAUCCCACCUUUCUACCGUAACUUGCUUUCCCCUGCUGACAUUGUGAGUCCACCGGUGUCCCUUCCUACUAGUCCGAUUUUACCCACUACCACCAAUAGCACCUCCAUCAUGGAUCAACAACAUCAACAGAUCCUAGCUGCCAGCUCCAACAACAGCCACAUAUCCGAAACAGGAACUUUAUCUCACCACCUUUCCACCAACUCAUGUGCCCCAGAUCCCAUCACAAUUGACCCUACACCCAAGAAAAAGCCUCGCAAGUCUAGCAUGCCUGUCAAGAUCGAGAAAGAUCGAGAGGUGCCAGAAGAUUAUGAUGACAAAGACGAUGAUGAUGAUGAUGACAGUUGCCAUCAUCGUCAUCCUGCAUCUCACCUCCACAAUAACAUCAAUGGAAAUUGCAACAAUAACAACAACAGCAGUAGCGGGCAUCAAUCACCUUCUCAGGAUGAGAUGACGGAAGGAACCAGUGAGCUGCGCUGCAUGGACAGCUUCACCUCAGAGGACCAGGACCACGAACGUGACUUCGAGAAUGAGUCUGAGACAUCUGAGUCCAAGAUGUUCUACCGCGAUGAGCCGAUGGAUGCUGAAGACCAUCGCCACACCACCAGAAGAAACACAGACAAAGAAAAGGAUGAUGGAGAAGAAGACGGACACAUCCAUAAAGAGAUUGAAGAAAAGAGGUGCUCUUCGCCUUCCCUACAUCAACCAGUCAUCAAAAUCAAAGAAGAACACAACGAUCCUACCUAUGACAUGUUCUGCAUGGGCCAGUAUAACCUGUACAAUGGCGGAAUGGCUGCUGCAGCUGCAGCAGCUGCCAGUAUGGCUGCCUUGCACGAGAGCUUCAUCUCUUCCAUGGGGUAUGGCUCAAGUUCACCGAAAUUUCACUCCCAGUCUCCAGAGGGCGAUCUCUGCUCCAGCCCCGACCCUAAAAUCUGCUACGUCUGCAAGAAGAGCUUCAAGAGCUCCUACAGUGUCAAACUGCACUACAAAAAUGUGCACCUAAAAGAGAUGCACGUCUGCACGGUGGCCGGAUGCAACGCUGCUUUUCCUUCCCGACGAAGCAGAGACAGGCACAGCUCCAACAUCAACCUCCACCGCAAACUUCUGACCAAAGAACUGGACGACUUUGUCCUCGACCCCCAGCUCAUGCCGCUGGCCCGGGACAUGCACGCCGAGUUAGCGGCCAAAAUCUACUCCGGACAUCGACACGAGGACCCCAUGUCCCCCAUAGGCAAUGGUUACCGCGGCGACGGCGAUUAUGCGGCACUGGACCUGAGCACAGCGUCAAGCAUCCACUCGAGUGGCAGCGUCCAGUCGUCACAAGAUUCGGAUGAAGCCAGCGACGAAGGCGUGCUCCUGGACGAGCUGGACAUUAGCGAGGGAGAGGAAGUGGGAGCCGGGUUAGGCGAGAGGGCGGGGCUGGCGACAUCCGACCCCGCCUCCUCGCCGUCGGCAGGUGCUAACGGCGGCAUCCUGUGCACCAUCUGCCACAAAAUGUACAGCAACAAAGGGACACUGCGUGUGCACUACAAAACUGUUCACCUGCGCGAGAUGCACAAAUGCAAAGUGCCUGGGUGCAACAUGAUGUUCUCGUCUGUCCGCAGCCGGAACCGACACAGCCAGAACCCCAACCUGCACAAAAAUGCACCCUUCAUCAACAUGGUUGACUAGCCCCGCCUCCCGUUCCUCAGAGACACGCUUAUUUGUCAACACACUCCACCCACUGUCCCUGCAUUUCAGUGUCAAAAUGUGUCAAAGGUCGGUCCUUUUACCUGACGAUCAGACGAUAAACCUCGUACGCGUCACGUGACGUCAGUGUUCACUUUUUUUCUUCGUUGGGAGAAUCUGGAUUGGACGUUUCUCCAAGGGCGAUUCUAUCCUUGGUUUGCUUGAUUCCAAAAUGGUCGCCCUUUUGAUUUUUCUUUUUCCUUUUCUUUUUAUUUCUUUUGCGUCCAACUCCAUAGACGUUCCUCAGACUCUUUAUGUGUGACUGUUGCCUGCAGAAAAACGGUAUUACUGAAAAAAUAAUAAUAAUAAUACGAGAAAAAAAAAAAACGUCUCCAUGUUGUAUUUGUGUAACGAUAGCUUUACGAAAAGAAAAAAAAAGAAUCCCGUACAUACCUAAAGCAUGAACACUUUCGAUUUGUAAAUAAUGUCCUGAGAGGCUUUUUGGUGUAAAACAAUUGUAUUGAUGGUCGCUUGCUCUUUUAUUUUUAUUUUUUUUAUUAAUUCUUUUUCUUUAGCUCUUUAUUUUUUUUUUCUUUUAUGUUACAGGUCGAUCUUUCUGCUCAAAGUGUAGGUGACAAGAGGUAGCAUUUUACUAGCUUGAUUCAUUUAUAUUAACGUCAAAAAUACAAAGAAAUAAAAGGAAAAAUUUACCCAGGAACUAAAAAAAA